UGACGUCAGCUCCCAGCGAGACGGACAGUCGGAAGCUUAGGGCGUAGAGACAGUGUUGACGUUUUGUUUUGAUCGCUUAUCGUGUGCAUUUUGGACAUCACGCCGACAUUAUCCGCAGACCUAGAAGCCCGCACUUCUACCCUGCCGUCACGCCUCAGUGCGGGGAUCCAGCAAAGAUGAAAUGGAUGUUUAAAGAGGACCAUUCCCUCGAGCACCGAUGUGUGGAGUCAGCCAAAAUACGCAACAAAUACCCUGACAGAGUACCGGUGAUAGUGGAGAAGGUCUCUGGCUCUCAGAUAGUGGACAUUGAUAAGAGGAAGUACCUGGUGCCCUCCGACAUCACAGUGGCCCAGUUUAUGUGGAUCAUCAGGAAACGCAUCCAGCUGCCUUCAGAGAAAGCCAUCUUCCUCUUCGUCGACAAAACCGUCCCCCAAUCCAGUCUGACUAUGGGCCAGCUGUACGACAAGGAGAAGGACGAGGACGGCUUUCUGUACGUGGCCUACAGUGGAGAGAACACCUUUGGUUAUAAGGGCUUUUAUACAACACGGGGUUAAUGCUUCACUGAAUAUCAGUCUCACACACACACACACACACACAUACACUGACAUAUUGGUGCACAAUGUUUGAGACAUUUGGGUCUUAUGUGUUGCAUAGUAAUGCACCUACACACUUGGCACAGUCAUUUCUGGUCCAGUUUUGCUACUAAAAAUACACAUUUAUGGUGAAAACUAGCCACACCAAAAUGUUACAAUUAUACAAACUUGUUCUAAUUUAUUUUAGUUUUUGGCAGGAUCAGAUGAUCGUUAUUGUCAAGAAAUGCUUGACGUCAGUUGAGGAGAGAAAUAUCUUUAACACUGCCGUAUAAUAAGAAUAGCCAUCACCACACGUUAUAGGCACGUCAGAUAUCAUUCAUUUUCCAAGUAUCGACACGUAUCGGUAUUAGAUUACAAAAACAUUGUGACAUGCCAAUCAUCACACAUUACCCCAUCAUGCUACAUUUAUUUCAGUCCAGCUGUGUUGUCACAGAUAUUUGUGUUUGGCUGAAGUGAGAAAGAAACCCUAUAUUCAUGUGACUACAAUCAUUAACCACAUUAUGGAUGUAUUUGUAUGGCUUAUCAUAUCAUGUAUAAAAACUUCAGUAUGUAAAUUCAGUUGCACUCAGCACUAUGAUUGGCUAUGAGAACAGCUAUGUUCAUGUGAAAGAAGGCAGUUCGUGCAAUUGAGAAGUUUUUGCAGUCCCACCGCAAAACACUAGCGAACUAGCUAACAAAUACGGUAUAUACAUCAAUCAUUAGCUAGCUAGUUAGGUUAGUUUGCUACAGAUGCUAGCUAACUGGCUAGCUAAUCUACAUUAAUCGUUAGCUAGCUGGUUACAUCUGAUAGCUAAUGUUAGCAAAACGCUAGCUAACUAACUAAUAUACAUCAUUCAUUAGCUAGCAAUUUAGAUUAGUUUGCUUAAUUGCUUAAGUUAAUUGUUAGCUGGCUGAUGUUAGCAAAACACUAGCUAAUUCACUAGCUAACAAUUGGUGUAGAUUAGCUAGUGUUUUUCUAACUUUAUCUAACUUAAGAUGUCACUUUUUUCUUUUAACCAUCUUAAAAUCAAUAUAGAUUAGCCUAGCACAUAGCAUAUCUAAGAACAGGACAGGAGGACGGUGACAGAGGUCCUAAAGGGGCGGGUCAAUUGAAACAGCUUAAGGCCAGGGACCAGUGACCUGCUAAAGAAAUCCAACACUUUACUUGAAGUUAAUUGUGUUGUAUAUGGUUUUACACACAUACAUACAUACGUACAUUUUCAUCACAGGGCAACAAAAAGAAAAUGACCACCACUUAAUAGGAAGACUCACUCAGUUCCUCUUCUUAUAUUCUCAAUCUGUAACAUUCUGCCCCAGAGAUACUCAGUGAGAAAGUUUUGCACUUUAACCAUUCUCCCUCAACCUGCGCCGUCUACCUCUACAUCAGUCAGUGGUUUCCUACACUACCCAGAAUGCCUUCUGACAACCUCAGACAUUUUGACAACACAGGUGUAACUAAUAUUUAUUAAUAAUGGCUGCAUUCCUUUUAGGAGUUUAGUUUGAGGUUACUCAAAUCAGUGACAUGGAUUCAGAAACUCGUUAAUUUGAUUAAUUUCACCUCCUAUGACAGGUCAUAAUAUCUGCUGUGAAAAAGGUUUGUACUGAAUCAUUGAAGUUGUACCAGGAUUUGGUCUGCAUGAAGAUUUGAUUCUAAUUGGCUGCAGGGUGUCCAAUAGUUCUUGAUAAACGUACUAUCAAAUUAUAUUUAGUGUUUGUCAACCAUACACAGACUUUGAAUCUUGCUAGCGUAAUGUAAUACUUUCUGGCUCGUAACGGAACCAAACUGAACUGAAGGGUUCUAUGAGAGGAGCAGACUAGAAAUAUCUCAAGUUGUAUCUAAGGUUCAUCCUAUUUACUGGAGUUGUGAACGUUUCCAUUACAUAAGAACCUUAUGGGAGGGUAAUGAUUGUUUCAGGUAUUAGUUAAACCCUCAGGUGUUACUAUAACUGAAAAACUUAAGAUUUGCAAAAUGCAUAAAAAUAUACUGGUCUUUAUUUUUUACCUUUGCCAAGUGACCAUGGUUUAAGUGGGAUAAUGUCCUUUAAGCUGUCCAUUAUCAGAAUUAAUGGACUCCACAGAGGCAGUUAUUUACUGAUAAAGGACACCUUGUUGAGCAUUAUCCUUACUUAUGAGCUCAGGAGAUAACAUUUUUUUCUCAGUAGUAGGCGGAGACCAAAGAAGAGCUUAACAGAUUGAAUAAUGGACUUCUGGUCAGGCAGACACCAACACGAAUACAAAUGAAUUUAAAAUGUUAGUCCAGGUCUGCACAUGUCCGAAAACAGGCAUCUCUUUUUUCUUUGCCACAACCACUUGUUUGAGGUCAAUUUCUGCAGCUUUAAACACCUGACAAACAGCACCUGGUACCUUUUAACUUAUGUUGUGUUUUGUGUAAAAGCAUUCUGGAAAAUGUAAGAAAUCAUGUCCUGCAGCAAAAGUAGAGGAAGCAGGUCAUACACUAACUCACUAUGUAGCAGUGGACGAGGAUCUAAGCAGGGAUUAUUCCUUUUGAGACUUACCACUCACCAAAACAACUGUUUACACCCCACUGUGAAUACAAAUAAGGAGGCUACUGCAUUGCCUUUAGCUGUUCUACAGUCUACAGUCCAGCUCGUAGAACUGAUCCAAGUUCAAGUGUUUUUAGAGGGACAACUGAUAAUACACUGUGAGCCAUCAGCACAUUACACAACUGAUGCAUGAUGAUAACACCAGAAACAUUAUUUCCCAGUAUAUUCCUGGAAUGAGUGUGUCAUGGCUGAGAUAUGUGGUACUUGACCCUGUCCCUGCCCCUUCUGUCUUACUUUAAUGAUUCAAGUACAGCGGAAAUGUUGGUUAAUAAAAUCACUGAGCGUGCAGAAAAACUGCUUUCACAGUUGUUAAUGAUUAAAUACACAUAUUUAAUGUACUUACAGUGAGCUCUGUGUUCAGGACUGUGGUGGGAACAUACAGCUCUGUAAUUCACAUCUCCGCUACUUCAAGUAAAGAGUUGCUCUCAUCUUUGGCUGCACAGGUUUCGGAGUCAUAAAAUCAGAAUUGCUUGGUAUCGUUCUUCUCUUCACUCAGAUGACUCUAAAGCUGACAUUUUGGCUGCAGCUGUAGUCUUUGGUGCUGAAUCAGAGUAAGACAUCUGGUGUGUUUCCACCUUUUACCUGACCCAUUAUUCAUAUUUGUGCACCACAAAGCUGAUUCAGGCUUUUAAACAUGGUAUGUAGAUGUAUAAUAUAUUGACGCAAUGCUAUGAUAUUCAGUAUUGUUUUAUUUCAUCAGUGUUGUAUGUUUGUUAAAUAUAUCUUGAAGACGUAAAGGAAUUUUAGAUAUUUGAAAAAGGUAAGGUAGCUGGAAGACCUGACCAAUAAAAAUGAAUGUAAAAUAAAUCA